CCCUUUACCCUUCAUCUCUUCUUCCCAGACCUAAUACUAUUAUUAGCAGUUUCUUUUGUUUACUGCACCUUCUGAUAAAACUCUCAGUCUACACACUCUUUUCACCUUACCCAUCCCUCUGUACUCUGAAAUUUGCACACUUUUACUUUCCCUAAACCCUUAUUUUCAUUUCUGUUUUGAGGACCCUAUAUAUAAAGGAGAACCAAACAAGUCAUGGAUAUUGACUUCAUCAAGUCUGCUUCAGAAGAUGAUCAGAUGGAAAUGAUGCUGAUGCAGAUGGACAAACUCUCCGAAUUCUCCGGUCCCUAUGCCGAUAUCAAUGAUAUGUCGUUGAUGGAAUACGGGGCUCAUAAUGGAACUAAUAUUGGUUCCAUCCCACAAGUUGUUGAUGAUAAUUCAGCUUCAUCAUUCAUGAACCUGCCAAGUAAUAUAUCAUUUUCGGGAUCGGGCUCCCCGAUUAUUCAUCAAGAUCCAUCGGCGAUGCCAUUCUUGCCUAAUUCAAGUGGUGGCAGGUGGAAAAUUGUGGGAGAUGAAGCACAGAAGCGAAAUUCAAUGGCUGCAAUGAGGGAGAUGAUUUUUCGAAUUGCAGCAAUGCAGCCAAUUCACAUUGACCCUGAAUCGGUGAAACCACCAAAGAGAAGAAAUGUUAAGAUUUCAACAGACCCUCAAAGCGUAGCUGCACGCCAUCGAAGAGAAAGGAUUAGUGAAAGAAUAAGAAUACUUCAGAGACUUGUGCCUGGUGGAACCAAAAUGGAUACUGCUUCCAUGUUAGAUGAAGCAAUUCACUAUGUCAAAUUCUUGAAAAACCAGGUGCAGUCCCUCGAGCGAGCCGCUGCUAAUAGGCCAACCGGGAUAGGUUUCCCAGUACCCAUGUCUAGUGGGAGCUAUUUCCCUGCGGCAUCAAAAAAUUACCAAUCUCCAUCUCAAAGUCUCCAGCAUUUUGCAGAUGCUUGUCGUAAGUUGACAGAGAAAUAGCUAGUUUUUAAUGUAAAAGCAUGUAUUUCGUGUAUUCUUACUUGACUAUGGUGUUGUAAAGAAAGAGGGCUCUUUCAUUA